CAUUUCCCAGAUUGCCCCCAAUCCGUCCGUGGCCGCGCGUCCGCCGGUGGCCGGGGGUUCUAAUCCGACCGAUUCCCAGCCCCAAUUCCUCGCUGGAAGACCCCGCAGCUCCACGACAGCGCGGGCAGACAUGGCGCCCGUGCUACCUGCGCCGGCGGCGGCCCCUCCCUCCUUCUGCCGCGUCUCUCUCCCGGCCCGCAGCGCCUUCCCCUCCCCCUCCCCCUCCCCCGUCAGAAACAACCUUCGCAGGUUUGCGGCCAGGAGCGGCGGCGGCGGCGGGCGUCCCGAGCCCAAAGCAGGUGACGAUGAGAGCAAGGCCGUCCUCGACGCCUUCUUCCUCGGGAAGGCCCUGGCGGAGGCGCUGACGGAGAGGGCCGAGUCGGUGGUGGGCGAGGUGUUCAGCGUCGUCGGGCAGUGGCAGGCGGAGCAGCAGAAGCAGGUCCAGGAAUUCCAGGAGGAAGUAGUUCAGAGAGCCCAAAAGGCCAAGGAAAGAGCUGCUGAGGAGGUCGUUGAUGAUAAUAAGGGGCCAAAGACUCUAAAGGGACCUUCAACAACCAUUGUGACGCCUGCACCUACAUCCCCUACUUCUCCUACCAUUCCCACACAGGGAGAAUAGUUAUAAGCGGCGAUGAAGAGUUAGUGCUUCAUGUAGACUCACUUUUGUGCUCCAAGAAAGCGAAGAAAUUCUCCUAUGAGAUAUGUAUUGAUCAAGUUGUCCUUUCUUUGAUAGUGAAUAUCCAGCAUGUCAACUAGAAAAAUCUAUGGUACAAGUUCACAGAUGAAUGGAAUAAAAUCUGCUUCCUCCA